AUGCCGUUGAUUCAUGACAUACUCCAGAUUCAAUUAAUAUAUAUUCGCAGUGAAAAUGGAACUAGUCAAGAACUGAAAAUGAAUCGAUGGACAAAAGUCCAAGGAUCUUUCACCGAUAUAGUCGAUUUUUGCAAUCUAUUCAAAGCAAACCUUCGAAAAUCUGAACAUGAUUUUGCUUCGGUCAACUUUGCAUACUCAUUAACGAACGACAAUCAACGAAUACUCGAUGCGUCAUUCAUGUACUCGCAGCUAUUGAAAGACAUUCUCUUAAGUAAGGAAUACGAUGACGAAGCUAAAAAAGAUUUUAUAAAUUAUCUUCGCCAACAAGAUGCUAAUCAACCUUCAAGAUUAAAAGAAUUAGAUGUUUACGAACGAAAUGAACCUCCUCUAUCAUCGAUAUGGUGGUACACAAAAGCGGUGCUCUUCUACGAACGAGUUAAUAAAGCUCUUCGAACACAAGACACAGACACUAUUGUACAUAUGGGUGUCUACAUUCAAGAACUUCAUCGUGAAAUCGAUAAAUUACACAGAGAGCAACAAUUUCAAAGAAAGUUGAUGGUCUAUCGUGGGCAAAUUAUGCUCGUGAAUGAUUUCGAAAAGUUGCAGAAAAACAAGGGCGGUCUCUUGUCUUUCAAUAAUUUCUUGUCAACCAGUAAAAAUAGAAACGUUUUGUUCUCAUAUGCAGAUGGUUCGUAUUUGCCGGAUGAUUUAGUGGGAAUAUCUUUUCACAUCGAAAUCGAUCCGGCAAUCUCGUCCAUAGCAUUUGCAGAUGUUCAGAAUCUGAGUCAACAUGAAGAUGAAGAAGAAAUUUUGUUUUCCAUGCAUACGAUCUUUCAUAUUGAUGAAAUCAUUCAGAAGUCUGCAAAGUCUUGGCAAGUGAAUCUGACAUUAACUGAUGACAAUGACCCGGUUUUAAAACAAGUAACUGACUACAUGCGCGAACAAAUUCGCAUUGGUUCAAUCGACAAAUCGCUCGUUUAUCUACUCAUUCGUAUGGGUAAAUAUAAUGAUGCCGAAAACGUUUGCAAUGAUAUCUUAAAAUCUGCAUCGAUCACUUUGCAUACCCGCUUAGAGUUUUACAGAAUGUUAGGAGCUGUCAAACAUCACCAAGGCGAUGAUAAUAGUGCACUCUUACAUUUCCAAACCGUAUUGGACCUUUUCCCAUCAUCGCCAAUCUACGAUUAUGAUAAUCUACAUGAUAUUUACAGUAACAUGGCUAUAGUCCACGAGUCGAGAGGAAACUAUUCCAUAGCUUGCGAAUUUUAUGAAAUAGUGGCUGAGAUUCGUGAAAGGUUUACUCCAGAUAGUACUUAUGAAUUGGGAACAUUAUACAAUAAUAUCGGAAUAAUGAAAAAUUCUAUGGGAAAUCAUUUUCUUGCAUUGGAAUAUCUUCAAAAAGCGCUCGAAAUUCUUCAGUCGGUAUUACCAGCUGCCCAUCCAGAUCUGGCUCAAAUUUAUAUUAAUAUCGGUACGAUUAACGUCACUAUCGGAGAACGCACAACUGCUCAUCAAUACUUUGAAAAAGCACUUCAAAUUCAAACCAGAUCACUUCCAUCCGAUCAUCUGGAUAGGAUUGGUGCAUUGAAUAACCUUGCCAUGACAAGUCAAUGUAUUGGACAGUACAAGAUGGCAGUUGAUUACUACAAAGAAUCACUCGAUCUUUUAAAAGUCAUUGACACUUCUAAAUAUCAUCAUUUAGGUUUAAUUCAUAACAAUAUUGCUCAACUAAAAAAAGCAUUGGGUGAAUACGAUGAAGCAAUCGAAUACCAUUUGAAAGCCAUCGAUAUCGAAGAGAAUAUGUCCUCUAUGUCCAAUCUCAGACUGCCGGUAUUCUACAUCAACAUCGCUUUUACUUAUAGCUUGCUGGCAAAGUUUUCUACAGCACAUGAGUAUCUUAAAAAAGCGUACGUCAUACAAAAGCAAUCUCUUUCACCUGACCAUCGUGAAUGGGCUCGAAUGCACAACAGUAUUGGGCUGGUCUAUCAUGCCGAAAAAAGAGAUGAACUAGCAAAUAAACACUAUAGAAAAGCUGUUGACAUCCAAGAAAAAACUUUGCCGUCAACUCAUCCUGAUCUGGCUGCGUUGUACAACAACCUUGCUGAUACAGAACGUCGAUUAAAAAACGAGUACAUCGCACUGCAGUAUAUUGAAAAAACACUUUCUAUUCAAGAAAUCCAUCUUCAUCCGAAGCAUCCAGAAAUUGCUCGAACAUAUAGCAAUAUGGGAACUAUUUUUAUGACUAUGGGGAAAUAUUUGGAUGCGGAGGUUUAUAUAAGAAAAGCACUGGAAAUUCAAGAAGAAGUACUAUCACCGACACAUCCUGAACUAGGUAAAACGUAUGGUAAUAUUGGCCUUUUACAUUGCUUCAAAAAUGAAUGUUUUGCUGGACUAGAUUAUCUUCAAAAAGCGCGUAGGAUUUUUUCUAUAGUAUUUUCACCGGAUCAUCCUGAUUUAGCAUGUAUUGACAAAAUCAUCUCGGAUGUUCAAUCACGCAUGUCUUCGCAAAUGUGGUAA